AUGACGGGCUCAGUCACGGUGCUGGAGACCUACGAGUUGUGCUGGGCAUCUUGGGCUGGUGAGCCUGAGGUUGGAGUCAUCGUCGACAGGGCCAAGGGCUUCCUGGGCAGUUUUUCGGAGCACAUGUCGAGUCGUGGGUGCAGAUUUGCUUCAGCCGCCAAGGCGGCGGCAGCGUGGCAUAUCGCCGAGGUCGAGCGUCACGGAGACCUCUGGCAAGACGUCCUGAAGGCCGUGAUGGAGAUUAACCAGGCGAAGAACUCGCUGAGCAGGAGGUCUGGCUUCUCACCGGCGCAGUGGGUGCUGGGAAGAGAUAUUCGCCUCCCGGCAGACCUCAUGGACGACGGCGAGGUUGAGAGGAUCGGUGCCAUUGCGGCAUCGGCUACCCCGACAUCGAAGUUUGCCAGGAAGUGCGCGCUGCGGCAGGCGGCGCGGGAGGCCCACGCGAAGAUCGCCAACGAGGACGCGAUCAAGAGGGCCGAGCUUCGACAAGUUCGACCAGAACGUGGACCUUUCAACGUGGGCGACUGGGUUUUCUACUACGACCAGAAGGAGCAGGGCAAACGGCCCGAGAGCGUUAUCAACUGGAGAGGAGUCGCACGCGUGAUAGGUCACGAGGGUAAGCACACGAUCUGGAUCGUGCACCGCGGGAUCACGAUCGCCUGCGCUCCCGAGCACCUUGCCAAGGCUUCCGACGAGGAGGUCCGAGCAUGGCUGGUGACGGCGCAGGAGGCGGACUUGAUAGACACCACCGGGACGGCUGGAGGCAGUGGAUUUAUCGAUCUACGACGACGGCCUCUUCCUCCAGAGUUUCGAGAUGGAGGGCCAGUUCAACCAGAACUAGCGGCGGCUCAGCCACCGCCAGAGGCACCGCCACCAGAGGUGCCGCAGCCGGCAGAGCGUGAAGCACCUGCCGAGCCACUGGUCCAAGAGGAGGAGCCGCCCGCGGAGGAGGUGACGGAGGAACCCUACCAGGAGGAGCCCCCGAUGAUGCAGCAGGGACCGCCGCCGCCAAUCGAGCCACGAGGAGCGACACAAGCGGAGGACCCGAUGGAGGACGCGGUGAAGGAUUUUGUCAACGAGGCUGUCCGAUCCGAUCAAGUGCCGAUGGGCGACGAGCGGGGCCCUGAUCUUGACGAUGUCCACACUCCGGCGGCAUCGUUCCCGCCUCGCCCGGCGGAAGGAGCUGCUAGCAGGUACAAGGAGGGUCGGCCAGCGGAGGAAGCUGCAGAGCGGGGGGCGAAGAGACAGAAGUUGCUGGAUGACGUCCCAGAGUCGAUCAAGAUGGACGACGCCUUUCAGGUCUACGAGGAUGAGGACUCUAUGAUCAACGAGGCCCACUCAACAUAUGACGUCAACCAGUCCUUCUACGCCGAGCACGAGGUCAGCAAGGAGGUUUCCGCCUUCGGCGUUGAGCGUAAUGAGUUCGAGGACUCUUAUGAGGCUGGCUCGACAGUGGCGAAGAAGGGGAGAAAGGAGUUACACUUGAAGGAGCUCGACGAGGCAAAGCGUCAGUUAUUCAUCGGACCUGGAGGUUCGGAUGAAAAGGAGUGGAAGGCCUGGCAAGAUCUGGGUGCCUGCGAUACGCUGAGCCUCGGCGAGAGUGAGCAGAUCUGGGAGACCAAGCGCGACCUGAUCAUACCGGCCAAGUGGGUGAGAACCAACGAGAGUGAAGGCGUUUUGGACGCCGAGUUCGAGGCGAAGUCGAGGAUGAUGGCCCAGGGCUUCAAGGACAAGAGCCUCGGCGAGUACCGAGGAGAUGCGCCGACAGCGUCGAAUUUGGCGGAGGCAAUGGUGUUGCUCGUGAUCGCCAGCAUGGGCAUGAUUAUGAGCUGCGGAUACAUAAAGAAUGCCUACUUUUCAGGUCGGGGUAUAGGACGCGAAAUCUACAUCAGCCAGCCGCGUGGAGGUCUAAAGGGACUACAUCCGAGACAACUAUUGAGGGCCAAGAAGGCAAUCGAUGGAUUUGCUGAGGCUGCUCGUUUAUUUUGGUUGGCUUUCUGCGAAGUGUUGGAGAAGGACGGAUGGGUCAGUCUGUUUUGGAACCGGUUUUGUUUUACCUACGCGACAAAGCAGGCGCUUUGGUGGGUAUUCUAUGCACUCACGUGGAUGAUUUGCUGGCUGGAAUGCACGAGACAGAAGCUGAAUUUCUCGAAAUGGCUCAAAGAGGAUUUCGUUUUCAGAGGACGUGAGAUACAGCGUUUACCUAACGGCGAUGUUGGAGUAACGAUGAAGGGCUGCUCGCUGAACAUGAAGACGGUUCCGAUCCCUCGAGAACGGAAGAAGGAGCUGACGAGCCCGCUGACCGACGACGAAGUGACACGGCUACGGAAGGCUACGGGAGAGAUAUCUUGGUUGUCGAGGCAGCUUCGAGCAGAUUUAGCCUUUCAAGCGGGACAAGCUCAACGAGCCAUGGUAGCGCCGUGCAUCGCCGACCUGGUGAAGGUCAACAGGGCCAUCAACGACGGCAAGAGGGGCGCCGACUACAUGCAGAAGUUUCCGAAGGGUAUCGACCUCAGUCGAGCUACGGUCUUGAUAGAAUGUGAUUCAGGACACGCGAACGGCAACCCCGAGAGUGACGAGAUCGCGAGAUACAAGAGCAUCGGUGGUCAUUUUCUCUUCAUAGCUGGUGAAUGGCUGUGUGUUUUACUUGAGGAGGUGUUCAAUCCGAAGAUCGAUUUGAAGGAUUGGCAGAAGAUCGUUGCGAGAAGAAGCAGAGUUUUCUUGACUGAUGCCAAGUCGGUGCAUGAUUAUUUGACGAAAGAAGGAUCAGGCCUUAGCCGAGACAAGCGGAUGGCAAUAGAAGGAGCGUUAUUGAAGGAGGCUUUGAGGCAACCAAACACGACACUACGUUGGGUGGAUGGACUACAGAAUCUGGCGGAUAUUCUUACGAAAGAGGGAGUUGAUCUGGACUAUUUCCGACAUUACUUGAGGACGAAUCAGAUCACGAUCCAGCAGGAUCAGGCUGCAGUGAAGAUAAAGGAGAAGAAGAGAUCACAGAGGGCCGCACGGAAGUCAGUUGCUAAACCCGAUCGAGCUGAAGCUGAUCGACUACGACGUGAACGUUCGGCCGCAGGAGUUCGAGAAGAAGACUUGCAGGAUGACUGA